AUGCAUUCAAAACUCAUCAAACCCCCAAACAGGGCUGGUACAUAUCAAGACCAGCGAUAUGUGGACAAAUCUAAAUACUGCACUUUCCACCAGAAGUAUGGCCACACCACAGACGACUGCGUAAUAGCAAAAGAUGUUCUUGAGAAACUAGCCCGACAAGGACUAUUGGACAAGUAUAUCGACAGCCGCAGACGAAAGCGAAAUACAGAAGACCUCGGCCAGCAAUCCAAAACAACUGAUAAUUCUCGAGAUAAAGGGAAAAAGGUAGAUAGUGAUAUCAAUCCACCACGCAGAAUAAUAAAUUGGAUUUCUUGUGGUUUUGCAGGUGGCGGAUGCACAAACUCGGCAAGAAAAAGGUCAUACCGAGCUAUGAUGACUAUGACAAAGUCAACUCCAUCCCAACCUAUCAACAGCGACAAACCAGAGAUUUCAUUUGUCCCUAAAGACGAUAAGGCAACUGAUCGAAACCUGGACGACCCCAUCGUCAUCACAGCACAAGUCGGAGAGCCACUAGUAAAGAAGAUCCUGAUGGAUCCAGGAAGCAGCACGGACGUGUUGUUCUAUUCAACAUUUCAAAAGAUGAAACUGAGUGACAAGAGCCUCCAACCCUCAUCCGGAGAACUGGUAGGCUUCUCAGGUGAGCGCGUCUCCAUCCGAGGUUACAUUUGGUUACAAACUACUUUUGGAGAGUAUACUGACAAUAAAACAAUAGACAUACAAUACCUUGUCGUGGAUUGCAAAAGCCCUUAUAAUAUCAUUUUGGGUAGACCUUCCUUGAAUGCAUUCAAUGCUAUUGUUUCUACCGUGCAUUUGUGUGUUAAGUUCCUUUCACAGGAUAAUAAAGUCGUAACUAUCCAUGGAGACCAGAAGGAAGCCAGGCAGUGCUAUAACGCCAGCCUGAAGAACGAACAAGCAAAACAAUCCAAGCAAUAG